AUGCCCACUCCCGUCGACCUGAGUGACCUUCCUCGCCGACCCUGGACCUCGAUGGAACACUCCAAAGCUGCUGCAGGCCCCAUGCCUCUAGGAGACGACAUCCAGCAAGAUUCAUCCUACUCUUCUUUCACAAACGCAACCCUUUCGACUGGUGGACUCUUGGCGCCCCUGCCCCUUUCGCCCAGCCGGAUCGUCGCCCCCCAACCCGAAACGAUAGUUACGCCUUCUGAUCCUCUGGUUGCUCUCGGUUUCGACAUCAUCUACCAUAUCCUUCCCUACCUCCAAGUGGGCGACAUCCUUAAUCUCCAAGCGACGUCAAAGACCUGGUACGGUGCGCUCGGGGCCGGCAAGAGCUUGUGGCGCAAACGGGUGGAAGCUGCUGUUUCGGCCAGGCGGAUGAGGGAGCUGGACAAGAUUGUUCUCAACAGGACGACCAAAGCAGAGCAGGAUGGACAGCCUCUGAAACACUUUGAGAUCUCCAAGUUCUUGCGCUCCACGUCUCCCGCGCACCAUGCUCGCCAGAUUGUCGUCGACCGAGAUGCUCGUCUGACGUAUGCGCUGACUGCUGAGAGACUGGAUGAUGAAGAGGAGUUUGGGACUGAGGCCUUAGAAGUGAGGGAUCUGGACACCGGAACGCUCCUGGCCAGAGCUGGUCAACUGCCGAUCAAGGGUACGAUUGUGGCAGGCCACGGGUUCGUCGUCAUUUGGUGGGCUACUGCCCUUGCACACGGGGUUUAUCCUCUCGCGCCCGCUUCCUACAUCGAGGUCUACAAGGUCGGCUAUGGUCCUCGCUAUUCUCAUCGUAAAGUCCGACCUGAGCUCGACCUGCACCGAGGUAGGCUAUCACUUGUAAAGUCGAUGGCACGCAACUACUGGGUCUAUGGUGCAACCAUACACAUCGACACUGGCACUCGGGGACGCAGAACGACCCUCGCCAUCGCCGCGGUGCCCUCCAAGCUUUCUAACGACAAGUACGCCGCUUGCUCUCUCUACGGCGCUAUGCUUGGCCUUUCGUUUGACAAUGUCCCGCCUCACUGGACCGCCAACCGCAUGGGGAACAGAUACGUCCACUUCUACAACCUCGAUCUGCCCGGUAACAAAGAGUACUCCGUUCUAGAUCUCGGCACGAUCAUUGGCUUCCACAAGAACAUCACCAUCGACGAUGUCUACGUCUUCAUCAGUAGCGAAGCCAACGUUCGCAUCCACGCCCGGUACGAGCCCGAUUUUGUCGUGGAAUUGUCACUGCAUUCUAAGUAUCUCCUGAACUCGUCUCGGUUGUCAGUUCAGCUCCAGAGAUACCACGAGAUCGAAGUCCGAGCGGCUGUGCACUCGUUGAACCAGCAACUAUACGACGGCGAGCUCGACAGCAGAAACUUGGACUUUGAGAAGAUGCUCGAUAAGGAGCUCGAGCGCUCGCGCAAGAAACCUCCCAGCCCGCGCCAGGACGUUGUGCACUCGACCUUUCACAAAGAUCCCGAGAGGUUCACCAAGGUCGCCGUCGCGAACCGCCACUUGGUCAUCACGACCAUCAAGGGCAAGAUCAUGGUUAUCUACAACUACAGGGAGCUGCUCGACGGCAUGGACGCGAGUCGGCUGAACACGUUCCAGAGAGCUGCCAUCCUCAGGAACAACAUGAUGGUGAUCUCGACCGACUCCAACGUCCUCGACCUGUCGACGUAUGGCAACAAAAUCGGCAUCAGACUCAGCAAUGGUUUCCACUCUCGUAGGGAGGACUUUUUGCUGUUCCUCGACGGAGGAUUCCUGCCAGACCUGAACGAUACGCAGAACCCAGUCCACCUUAAGAGCUGGGCUAUCAUCUCUCCUAUCAACCGCAGCAUUCUCGCAUGCGGCAAGGAGACUGGCGGUAUGGUCAUUGAUGACUUUGGCAUCUGCCUGCCAGGCACUCAGAAGUGUGAGCUCUUGCAACCACAAGCAAAGCUGACUCCCAGACCACCAAUUCUUCCACUGGGGCCCUUUGCAGUGAUUGUAACCCCGCUUCUUGUCUUUGCCGCAUAG